AGAUCCGAGUCUGAAGGGCACUAUCCCUUUAAGACGGGGCGGAGCCCCGCGAUGAGCGGCGGGCCGGCGCGAGAGGAGGCCGGAAGUGUGUGUUACGUGUUCGGGGACGGGGCGGUGCUCCGACCGGAAGCGGAAGUGGCUGCAUCGCCGACGCUAGGGUUUCGGGUCCCGAGCCCAGAGAUGGGUUCCAAGGCCAAGAAGCGCGUGCUGCUGCCCACCCGCCCAGCGCCCCCCACGGUGGAGCAGAUCCUGGAGGAUGUGCGGGGUGCGCCAGCAGAGGAUCCAGUGUUCACCAUCCUGGCCUCGGAAGACCCCCCAGUUCCCUUCAGGAUGAUGGAGGAUGCGGAGGCCCCGGGAGAGCAGCUCUACCAGCAAAGCCGGGCCUACGUGGCUGCCAACCAGCGGCUGCGGCAGGCGGGCGACACGCUGAGGCAGAGGUGUGAGCUCCUGCGGCGAGCCGGAGAGGACCUGGAGCAGGAGGUGGCCCAGAUGAAGCAAGCAGCGCUACCAGCGGCCGAGGCUGCCUCCUCAGGCUGACCUCUCGGGGCCCGCAGGCCUGGGCAGCGCACAAGGUGGCCUGCGCCCGAGCUUUCCCUGGGGGUCCGUCAGCCCCAGUCUGGCAUUCACGGGAUCCCAGACCACGUGGGUGUCUGACACAGGCGCCCCUCCUGAUGCUGGGGCUGCGGUUCAUCCAUCGUCCCAUUCAUGCCAAGUUGGCGGGACCCACCCAGCUGGCUCCGUCCUGCGUGACCUGAGGGCCCACUGGGGUUCUGGAAGAGGAUAGGGACAUAACUGCUGUACUGUGAUUCUGUCCUCGGCACACAGUGGCCGUGCUCUGCAGUGGGGCCCCUGGGAGCAGGCGCCACCUCCUUCCUCCCCCGGAGUGUGGGGAUCGAGGUGUUAACUGUGAUUCCAUCCAGCGGGUACCCACCCAAUGUCAGAGCAGCCCGAGGGCCAGCAUGAGCCCGUGACCCCACUUCCUUCUGGGCUCCGGGCUCCUCCCACGAGCCAUGUUGAUCUUCACAACGACCCGGGGCCGCUGGGGUCACCCAAGAGAAGCAGCCCUGAGACGCGGCCAGGCUGGGCCCAGCUCCACGGCACGGGUGUCUCCCAGCCACUGCCCUUGCUGGAGGACUGCUGUGAGUCACUGGCCAGGAGUCCAGGGUGUCCUGGGUCUCAUAACCACCCUGCCGGCUGGAGCAGGUCCUGGGCCUGCUUCCCUGCGGGUUCUGGCCCUGGGGGAAGGGGCGUUAGUGCAGCGGAGGGUCUUGCCAAAGGCUUUUCAUCCUAAGUAGCAACUUGAGUGGAAACCUGGGCAAGGCGGCCCAGAGGCCGGGCCCUGCACAUAAACACUUUUGUGUGUGCGCUUUUGUGUGUGUCUGGCCGUCUGAAUGGUGCCUCUGUGAGCGGCUCCGUCCCGGGGCCUGGGAAGCUGGGAAGGGAUGGGUACCGGUGACCCCGGGAACCCUGCUCAGUCCUGCUGGGCACCGCACGCAGGGGCCGUCCGUCUGACCUAGAGACCUGGGGCUGCCUCGCCCUCUCUCCACACCCACAGCCAGCUUUGUUUCUUGAAUGUGGAAGAUGUUUCUUAUUCCCUGAAGAAAGGGGGGCUGCCACACACAGCCUGGGAGGCGCCUCAUCCAGAAACUGGGACUUGGCUAGCCCCGCCUGGGCCCUAGGGACUUCUCACUGGUCACACUUCUGAAGCUGCUUACCUGGCCGAGGGAGGUCCCGGGAGGGCCCCAGGGUGGAAGAUGGGGAGGGGCCAGCUCCUGCCAUCCCUUCCCGCCCUGCACUUCUGUGCUGCUUGCAGUCGAAGCUUUCCUUGUCCCCCCGCUGGGCCAGGGCUGUGCUCCCUGAAGUGGCUUUGACGUGGGGCCGUCCCAGCUCCCACAGCCCCUGUCCGCCAUUGACUCUCCCCGGUAGUGGGUGCUGUGGCUGCCCCAUCCCUGCUGUUGCACCGGCCGCAGCUCCUAGUGGCUCAUGGGUGCCCCCUGCCCCACACUGGGGCCUGCCAUAAUAACUGGCCCAGGUACCGACGCCCAGGUUGGACCCCUUGUCUGGGGUGCUGUGCACCCACUGGAGCCUGCCCUCCCUUGGGACCAGGGGGAGACUCCUGGCCUCACCCAGCGCCUCCCCUCCCCAUCUGGGUGGGGUGCCUGCAAGUAAACCCUGUGCCCCCAGUUUCUGCUUUCUGGCUCUGCUUCCAGGGACCUAACCUGGGGGGUCUCAAAUUCUGCGGCAGCACGUAGACCGAUGAACCUGCCCGCCCACAGCCCAUUUGAGGAACGGGUGAUGGCGGCAGGCAAUUCAACAGCUCGGUUUAUUAAAUGUGCGCGAGAGUCGGACA